CAUCAUGUUCAUAAUUCUGCUUUACCUGAUUACUCGUUCCACUAUUUAUUUUUCGAAUUACUUGUUUGAGAGAAUGUAUAAAAUCGACCAUAAUCAGCCAAGUUUGAACGAAUCGAAUGAACCCAAUAACGAGGCCUCUUCCGAAUCGACAAAUUUCGGCGAAAGUUCCGAUGUAAACGAUGUGACAGAUGCCGAGAUGUUGGGAACAUUAGAAUCAGGAACACCGGAAUCAGGAAUUGUAUCGAAUCAACACAAGCAUAGAAAAUUCGCUAAAUUCGUUACACCGAAAGAUUCUCCUGUCUACUUGAUGACGCAGAAAAAGCGCGGCAAAUGCAUUAUAUUCAAUCACGAGAAGUUCGAAAGAGAAUCACGUCGAGAAGGGACAAAUUACGACGAAAACGCAAUAAACGAAACCUUUUCUGCUCUUGGUUUCGAAGUGAAGAUCUAUAAGGAUUUGAAGGUCAACGAAAUUAUGGAUGUCAUUAUGAAUUUGCAAAAUGAAGAACACUAUGAUUGCGACUGCAUAUGUUUCUUUGUAUUAACUCAUGGCAAAAUCGGUGAUAAUAUAUCUGCGUACGACAUGACUUAUCCGGUUCAGAUGAUUUGGCAACCAUUCAAUUCGGAUAGUUGCAUAUCAUUGGCUGGUAAACCAAAACUAUUUUUCAUACAGGCUUGUAGAGGUGUAUCUAGCGAUUCAGGUAUUCAAGGUAGAUCCUGUGAUAUAGAUUCAGAUGAAAUGACCUAUAUACUUCCUACAACUGCAGACUUUUUAUACGCUUACAGCACCAUGGAAGGUUGUUAUUCGUUUCGUGAUACGAAUCAAGGUUCGUGGUAUAUUCAAACUUUGUGCAAAGUUAUUAACAAGCAUUGGAGGGAUUGCGACCUAUUGAAAAUGUUAACGAUAACAUUACGAAAAGUUGCUACGGAAUAUUCAUCUCAACAUUAUGAAUCGGAUAAAGAUAAGAAGAAGCAAAUGCCUACUUUCACUUCAACAUUGACUAGAGAUCUAUAUUUUAAUUCUGUGGAAUAAGUAACGAUCUGUUUCUAACAAAAUGAGAAUUUUAAAAAAAAUCCAUCACUAUUGUUCUAACCAUUAGAUGAGAAAAAGGAAAAACAAAAAAAAAUUAUAAGAUAAAAUUAAAAAUAUCUAUUAAUACUAUUUUGUACAAAUUAUGAUGAUGAUUCAUCGUAUCGUUAUAAUUAUUAACUAGGUUAGAAUAUUAUCAUUUAAUAUUUAAAGAAAACUGGUAAUUAAAAUUAUUACUGUAGAUCUUUUUGAAAAUAUUAAUUAAUUUACUUUAAUUACAAAUUGAUAAAUAGAUGCAAAAGACGAAUCAAUGAAAAAAAAGAAAAAAAAAAAAAAAGAUUAAUGAGAUUUGGGCAAGCAUUGGGGAAAAUAACCUUGAGCAAUUAAUAAGUAACUUUGAGUAGAUUUUAUUCGUGAUAAGCGUUCUUAUAGUGAUAAGCGAGAAAAUGUGCGUGAAUAACUUAAUUAUUUCGUCUAGAUUUACGAUUUUAACUAGCUAAUUUUCUUUUAUUAAGCCAUUAACUUUAUUAUAAAAGAGAAUUCAUUGUUUCCACGAAUGAAACUUGUCACAGGAAGUUUGCCCUACAAAUAAGUAAUACUUACUACUCUAUUCAAAAAAUUGAUGAAAUUACGUCAAAAUUACAGCAAAAUUCAAUUCUCUUCCAAAUAGAUGGUAUCUUCUUCGAAGUAAUCUUGUUUCGAACGUAUGUACUCGUCAAAUGGUAUUUUUAUUGCUCGAAGAAAUGUUGGAAAUCUUCUUGUGUGUAAACUUUAUUUAGGAUUCUCAUCAUUUUAUAGUUUCAAUGUCUUUCAGAUAUCAUUUAUAAAUAGUCAUUGAUUUUAUAACUUUACUUUCGUUACAUUUGUUUUCAGCUAUCACUUCAUUUUUUUUUUUUAAUCAAAUUUUUAUGAGAAAUUUCUCAUUAAUGAAUUGUCGUUUGGUGAUAAAAAAUAAUUAAAAAAAAGAAAAAAAUUCAAAAAUCGUGACAAGCGAAAGAAACAUAGGCAAACUAAUUUCUAAUUAAAAAAGUAAAUUGCAUUUCUCAGAAUAGAUAGACAGACAAUCAAGAUGACAAUAAAAUAAUUAUUCUUUUUGAAUAAAAUAAGUACAAUUCUAGACAUCAAUUUGAAAUAGUAGAUAAUAGUAUUUAUUGAAUAGUAUUGAUGGUGAAGGGCUUAAAUAAUAUGAUAUAGGCAGAUUACAAAUUAAAAAAUCGGCUAAUUGCAUCGACUGAUAUUUUAAUGUUACAAACCUGUUGCAUACUAUUGUACAAAAUUUUAAAUGGUAAACAAAAUCCUAUUUAAUUGUAUUACAUAAUCGCACAAUUUAUUCUCAAAAAGUCACUGAUAGAAAUGGAUACAAUUACAUUAGCUUAUAUUA